AGUCCCAAGGGCAGCUGAAGAAGUGCCAUAUACUCUCUAAAAGAUUGCAUAACAGGAGUUAUGAACUUUCAGUAAGGACAAGGACAGGUUUCCAGUAAUGAUUUCUGUGUUGGGAGUGCUGGUGGGGAUUUCCCAGCCAUGGGUAUCCUUUCCAGUUUCCUCUUUUGAGGGGUUUAAGGGGUUUGAAUUGCUUAUAAAUACCCUCUCUGAAUCUGAGAGCACACGAGACGGUCUCCAGCUCCUUUGGCUUUGCCAUUCUGCAGGGCUCCCCUGGCCAGGAACCAUGAGGCUCUGGGUCUGCAUCGCGUUGCUCUCCACCGUUCUGUGUGCAAGUGCUGACAGACCAAGGAUAGUUGAAGGAAUAAUCCGAGCUAGACAAUUUGUCUGGGAUGCAGCGCGAGGGGCGCAUGAUAUGUUCAGAGCAUACAAGGACAUGCGUGAGGCAAAUUACAAAGGUGCCGACAAGUAUUUUCAUGCCCGUGGGAAUUAUGAUGCUGCCCGGAGAGGACCUGGUGGUGCUUGGGCAGCAAGAGUGAUCAGCGACGCCCGGGAGAACUGGCAGAGCGGCGUGAGCGGCAGAGGCGCUGAGGACACCCGGCUGGACCAGGAGGCGAACGCGUGGGGCCGGAGCGGUGGGGACCCGAACCGCUACCGGCCUAAGGGGCUGCCCAGCAAGUACUAGCGCUGUACUCCGCUCCUGUCACACCUCCCUUUGUACAGCCCAAUAAAGGAAUCCUCCUGAGAACUGUU